AUGGUCCCCCGCCUGGAGGCCCCCGAUCUCAGCUACGCCCAGGAGCCCGGUCACGUCCGCAGCGUGGCGGAGACGCUGGGCCAGCGCGGCAUCCUCAAGGUCAGCCUCGGCUUCGCGGACCCCCAGAGCCGCUACCUCGAGCGGCUGCUGCGGAGCCUGCACCAGCACCACGGCCACCAGCUGCCCAUCUCGCACAGCGCGACCCGCGGCUGGUUCUGGGACGUUGUGCCGUCGUCGACCAGCUUCCAGACGGCCAACUGCCAGGCGCGCUCCGAGACAAUGGAGGACUUCCCCUGGCACACGGACUGCAGCUACGAGGACCCGCCGCCGCGCUACUUUGCCCUGCAGGUGCUGCGGCCGGACCGGUGCGGCGGCGGGACGCUGUCGGUCAUGAACGUCGAGCGGCUGAGCGAGCUGCUGUCGCCCGAGGCGAGGGCGGCCCUGGCCAGGCCCGAGUUCCUCGUCCGCACGCCGCCCGAGUUCGUCAAGCGUCCCGGUCAGGAGGAUAUUGUGGCGAGCAUUCUGCUGGCUGACGGCGAGGGCCGGCUGACGAGGAUGCGCUUCCGGGAGGAUCUCCUGACGCCCCUGAGCGAGCGGGCGGCCGCGGCUCUGGGGGAACUGAGACAGGCGCUGCAGCAGCAGGGCGCGGAAGCGAGAGGAAGCCACUCGAUGGCGAGGCUGGAUCUGACGCCUGAAGUACUUCCCGAGGGGUCCAUCAUCAUGAUUGACAAUCGACGGUGGCUGCAUGCGCGGAAUCACGUCAGGGACCCGAAGCGGCAUCUGCGUCGGGUGAGGUGGGAUGCUGUGCCUUUGACUGGCCUGGCUAUAAAAGAGUAG